AUGAACCCAAAAAUUUUAGAACCUCCCACAACAGGCUCCAGAAUCGUUAAAGCAAAUAUAUCUUUAUCAGGGUUAUCCUGCAUGAGUUGUGUUCAGUCUAUUGAGAAUGCUUUACAAAGACUUCAAGGUGUAAUAGUACCUUCUAUACAUGCAUCUCUGUCUACAAACAACGUCAUUCUUGGAUUUGAUAAAUCAUUGAUUGAUAUAGAAAAAAUUACAAAAGUCAUACAAGAUCUUGGCUACCAUAUUGAAGACGUAGUUACAGAAGACAUAGUUACAGAAGAAUCUUAUGUUAAAACUGUCAACACAAAUAAUGAUACAAAUAAUGGUACAAAUAAUAAAACCAAGAGUAUUGUAGAUACGACAGAAAAACCAUCUUUCGCAGUUCAGGGGAAUGAAACAAUAACUGUACUCACAAUAGGUGGAAUGUCAUGUGCUUCCUGCAUAAAAACCAUUCAAACGGCUAUUGAAUUAGUGCCCGGAGUAGCAUCCAUAAAUAUUAAUUUGCUUACCACUCAAGCUACCAUAAAGCACGACCCAAAUCGGAUCGGCUCACGUGAUCUUAUGACCAAAAUCGAAGAAAUUGGUUAUGAACCUCAACUGUAUGCAAAAGGCCCUUCUAAUAAAAAUGGUAACUCUAUUCGUCAAAAUGCCGAGAAAGAACAGAGAAAGAUGAUGAAAAGAUUUCUCAUUUCUCUAAUUUUUGCUAUUCCAACAUUCUUCAUAACUAUGAUCUUCAUGAUGGUGUUACCAGAAACGAAUCCAAUUCACAUGGCUUUGGAUUAUCAAAUUAUCCCUGGUUUAGAAGUUAAUACUUUAAUUCUAUUUAUUUUCGCUACACCUGUUCAAUUCAUUCUCGGUUAUCCAUUCUACGUAAAAGGAAUUCGUUCAAUUUGGUAUUCUCACCAAGCAAAUAUGGAUACUUUAGUGGCUGUUGGCACAACGGUUGCUUAUAUCGGAUCAUUACUUAAUGUAUCAAUACCAAUUGCACAAAGGAGAAGUGAGCCAGGUCAACAAUUUUUUGAAACUAGCGUAUUUCUUAUUACAUUUAUUUAUCUUGGAAGAUGGUUGGAAGCAAGAGCAAAGGGUAAAACUUUCGAAACUAUUACAAAGUUGAUGGAGUUACAACCAGAGAGUGCAACACUCUUAACUAUCACUCUUGAUAAGAACAAUCAUGAAGUUAUUGAAGAACAUGAAAUCAGUUUAGAACUUGUUCAAG